GACGCGAGCACUACCGGGGGCGGGUGGGCGCGGUCGACUGCCCCGCCUCGGCCCUCUCUUGGGGGAGCCCCCAGUGACGCCACGCAGCGAGCCCGCCGCCGCCCGCCCUGCGCGAGAUGUGUCCCGCGGGGAAGCGAGGGCUCGCGAGGAGCUCGGCGCGCACGCGCACUUCGGCAUCCUCGGCCCCUCCGGUCCGCGGGGCUUCGGUCGCCUCGCGCAUGCGCACACGGCGGUCCCGCCCACGGGCGGCCGGAAGUGCCUCGCGGGUUUCCGCUUGCGCGUGCGCAGAGCCCCGUGGCGGCGACGGCAGGCGCGGUGUAGGCGACGCGGCGUCGGUGCAGGCGCAGACCGCGGUGACCCCCGGCGACCCCCGGCGACCCCCGACCCGUCUUCGCGGCGACCCCCCCCCCGGCCCCGCCAUGGAUUUCCAGCACCGGCCGGGCGGCAAGACGGGCAGCGGCGGCGUGGCCUCGGCCUCCGAGAGCAACCGGGACCGGCGGGAGCGGCUCCGCCAGCUGGCCCUGGAGACCAUCGACAUCAACAAGGACCCCUACUUCAUGAAGAACCACCUGGGCUCCUACGAGUGCAAGCUGUGCCUCACGCUGCACAACAACGAGGGCAGCUACCUGGCCCACACGCAGGGCAAGAAGCACCAGACCAACCUAGCCCGCAGAGCCGCCAAGGAGGCCAAGGAGGCGCCUGCCCAGCCCGCGCCCGAGAAGGUGAAGGUGGAGGUGAAGAAGUUCGUCAAGAUCGGCCGUCCGGGCUACAAGGUGACCAAGCAGAGGGACGCCGACACGGGCCAGCAGAGCCUGCUCUUCCAGAUCGACUACCCAGAGGUGGCUGAGGGCAUCACCCCGCGGCACCGCUUCAUGUCGGCCUACGAGCAGCGCAUCGAGCCCCCCGACCGGCGCUGGCAGUACCUGCUGAUGGCGGCCGAGCCCUACGAGACCAUCGCCUUCAAGGUGCCCAGCAGGGAGAUCGACAAGGCGGACGGCAAAUUCUGGACCCACUGGAACCGCGAGACCAAGCAGUUCUUUCUCCAGUUCCACUUCAAGAUGGAGAAGCCACCGGCACCCCCGAGUCUGCCCGCCGGGCCCCCGGGCGUGAAGCGGCCCCCCCCUCCGCUGAUGAACGGCCUGCCCCCCAGGCCCCCCCUGCCCGAGGCGCUGCCCCCACCCCCGCCCGGCGGGCUGCCCCUGCCCCCCAUGCCGCCCGCCGGGCCCGCCCCCUCGGGCCCCCCGGGCCCACCCCAGCUGCCGCCCCCCGCCCCCGGGGUUCACCCACCCGCCCCUGGGGUGCACCCCCCAACUCCCGUGGUCCACCCCCCUGCUGCCGGGGUGCACCCGCCCGCUCCCGGGGUCCAUCCCGCAGCGCCGGGUGUCCACCCUCCACCGGCCGCCGGGGUCCAUCCUCAGGCCCCCGGGGUCCACCCCCCCGCUGCUGGGGUGCACCCGCCCGCACCCGGGGUCCACCCCGCCGCCCCGGGGGUCCACCCCCCAGCCCCAGGGGUGCACCCCCCAGCCCCGGGGAUGCAUCCCCCUCCCCCCGGGGUCCACCCGGCCGCCCCGGGCAUCCACCCGCAGCCUCCAGGGGUGCACCCGCCCGCCCCUGGGGUGCACCCGAUGCUGAGGCCCCCCAUGCCUUCCGAGGGCCCCGGGGGGCUCCCUCCUCCUCCACCUGCCAACUGAAGGCCCAUCCCCCCAUCCUGCUCCCCUGUAGCUCCAGAACCACAAUAAAGUCUCGGCUGGUC